AUGGGUGCAAGAAAUGCUAUCAUGUGCUUGGUGUUGAUUCUUGUAUUGUUCGCGGAUCAUGGCUCCGCAGGAUGCUGGGUGAAUAUCAAUGGCAACCCACUCUGCAUAGGCUUUCUGUGCAAAGCGACUUGCUUGAUUGCGGAGAAGAUGUUUAAUUCCGUUCUCAAGGAGCACAGGUGCGAGGGGACACCGCUCAAUAGCGAAUGCAUGUGCUAUCUCUGCGACAAAUAG